AUGCCUCCGCCCUUCGAAUCCCAGUACCUCCUCCGUCCUACUUCUAUCCAAACUGUCCUGAGCCUAUACAAGCGAGUCCCAGGAACUGUCACCCGCAGCUUCGGUGGUCGGGAUUUCGCCACAGCCAGUCGGAGGGUUGAAAUUCAGAUGCAUCGAUCCCCACCCCAUACGCCCUCGUCGCAGAAUUCUUCGCUGCCUAGCGUCCCAGUCUCCACCGCCUCUGCUACCUCCUUUCCUGCCCUUCAGUUUGCCCAAACCAAUGGUCUGGUCGCUCUUCCGGGUGGUGUUAUCUGGUCAGCGACAGCCUUUGAGGCAGCACUCUCCACUGCUGCCUGUUCUCUCUCCUCCUCCUCCUCCUCAUCCACCCACGUUCUAACAUAA